UUGGCUGACGUAGUUUCCGCACAAUCCCCACACUAUAUUAGCGUUAGCAGUCCGAGGCAGAGUCAACACUGGAUUAAGACAAUUUCUGAGAUAAAACCACUUUCUGUCCGGAAUCGAACUCGUUUCACCGCAGUUCAAGAAGAUGUCCCAGUGGUGCCAGCUGCAGAUGCUGGACUGUAAGUACCUGGAGCAGGUGGACCAGCUCUAUGACGACUCCUUCCCCAUGGACAUCAGACAGUACCUGAGCAAAUGGAUCGAGAGCAUCGACUGGGACACGGUGUCGAUUCAGGACUCACUGGCGACCGUCCGGUUCCACGACCUCCUGGCUCAGCUGGACGACCAGCACAGCCGCUUCGCCCUGGAGAGCAACUUCCUGCUGCAGCACAACAUCCGCAAGAUCAAGAGGAACCUGCAGGACCGGUUCCAGGAUGAUCCAAGCCACAUGGCCAUGAUCAUCUCCAGAAACCUGAAGGAGGAGCAGAAGAUCCUGGACAGUGCAAAGAGCUCCAAGCAGGAGGGGGAGGGGACAGUGUCGGCCAUGGUGGUGGAGAAACAGAAGCUGGACAACAAAGUGAAGGAGAUAAAAGAGGCAGUCCAGUUUGUGGAUCAGAACAUUAAGAACGUGGAGUAUCUGCAGGACGAGUACGACUUCAAACUCAACACACGGAAGAACCGAGAGAUGGAAGUGCACGGCAUGACACCGCAGGAGCAGGAGAGAGAGAAGCUGCAGAUCGGGAGGAUGGACUACGAGCUGAAGACCAAACGCCAGGAAGUGGUGACCCAGCUGACGGACCUCCUGAACGUCACCCAGGCUCUACUGUCCAACCUGAUCUCAGAGGAGCUGCCCGAGUGGAAGCAGCGGCAGCAGAUCGCCUGCAUCGGGGGUCCGCCCAACGCCUGCGUGGACCAGCUCCAGAACUGGUUCACAGCGGUGGCGGAGAGUCUGCAGCAGGUGCGGCAGCAUCUGAAGAAGCUGCAGGAGCUGGAGCAGAAGUUCACCUACGACAGUGACCCCAUCACACAGAAGAAAACCUUCCUGGAGACCCGAGCUCUGGAUCUCCUCAAGAACCUCCUCUCCAACUCUCUGGUUGUGGAGAGGCAGCCCUGCAUGCCCACCCACCCCCAGAGGCCCCUGGUGCUGAAAACAGGCGUCCAGUUCACUGUGAAACUACGGUUCCUGGUGAAGCUGCAGGAGUUCAACUACCAACUCAAAGUCAAAGCCAUGUUUGACAAGGAUGUUACAGAAAAGAAAGGGUUUCGUAAGUUCAACAUUUUGGGAACAAACUCCAAAGUGAUGAACAUGGAGGACUCGAACGGCAGCCUGGCAGCGGAGUUCAGACAUCUGCAACUGAAAGAGCAGAAAGUCGCCGGGAACAGAACGAACGAGGGUCCUCUGAUCGUCACUGAGGAGCUCCACUCGCUCACCUUCGAGUCCGAGCUGCAGCUCAACCAGUCAGGACUCAACAUCAAACUGGAGGCCUCGUCUCUUCCUGUCGUGGUCAUCUCUAACGUCUGCCAGCUGCCCAGCGGCUGGGCGUCCAUCCUCUGGUACAACAUGCUCACCACGGAGCCCAAGAACCUGAAGUUCUUCCUCUCUCCCCCGUCGGCCACCUGGUCUCAGCUGUCUGAGGUCCUGAGCUGGCAGUUCUCCUCCGUCACCAAGCGAGGCCUGAACCAGGAGCAGCUCAACAUGCUGGCCGACAAACUGCUGGGAGCCAGAGCCAAGAGGAACCCGGAGGGACAGAUCCCCUGGACCAAGUUCUGCAAGCAGAGUGCCAAUGAGAAAGCUUUCCCCUUCUGGUUGUGGAUUGAAGGAAUCCUGGACCUCAUCAAACGACACCUUCUGUCCCUGUGGAACGACGGCUCCAUCAUGGGCUUCAUCUGUAAGGAGAGGGAGAAGGCUCUGCUCAGCGACAAGUGUCCCGGCACCUUCCUGCUCAGGUUCAGCGAGAGCAGCAGAGAAGGAGCCAUCACCUUCACCUGGGUCGAACUCGACAUGCACGACAAGCCGGACUUCCACUCCGUGGAGCCGUACACGAAGAAGGAGCUGGGCGCCGUCUCCCUGCCCGACAUCAUCCGCACCUACAAGGUGAUGGCCGCCGAGAACAUCCCAGAGAACCCGCUCCGCUUCCUCUACCCCGACAUCCCCAAAGACAAGGCCUUCGGGAAGUACUACCCCAAACCUGCAGAGACUCCAGAGCCCAUGGACGUGGAGAACAUGGAGAAGAGAGCGUACAUGAAGACGGAGCUCAUUUCCGUGUCAGAAGUACAUCCGUCCAGACUGCACGACAACAUGAUGCCCAUGUCUCCGGACGACUACCGGGUGCUGGAGCAGGCCAUCGGCCACAGGGACAUCGAUGCUGUGGGCAGCACUCUGAUUGGACUCGAUCAGUUUGACAUCCAGAUGAGUUCAGACUUCCAGGAUGAAAAUUGAAAAUGGACACGCCUCUCCCUCAGCUCGUCCUCUCUUAUCACUGUUCUGCUUUUAUUCCACUUCUUUAUCUCUGAUGUGCCUCGAGAAUAAACCUCCAAACGUCUGCUUAGAGAGAAAAGAAGAAAGACCUGAGAACCAGGAGUUGUUAAGUUUCAUCUACGUAAAUCAUCUGCACAGACUUUAGAUACAUGCAGCUUGGUGGUGGUGUCAGGUUUCACAGGUUCUGUCACUUUAUAUUUGUACAUAUCUUUUUGUUGAAAAGAGAAAUUUUGAAACAGUGAAAAGCAAGAAUGUGACAUAAUCAGUUGUAGCCGAAACACAACGAGGACACGUUAAAACAUUAUGUAUUUAAAAUAAGAGUUUAUGUGACUGUGAAAUAUCUGUGAGUUGAGUUAACAGUAAGUGGAAAACUUUAUGAUUUUAUUGGAAAUAAAGUCAAACUCAAAUGA